AUGAAGUCAACCACAGCUGAAGCUAUCACGGACACAUUAUUUCAGGAACUAACAAACAUGGGGCUGAGCCUGGAAAAACUUCGAGGUCAAGGUUAUGAUGGGACUGCGAAUAUGUCUGGAGCUUUUAAAGGCGUUCAAGCACUGAUCCGAAAAGAGCAACCGUUGGCCUUAUACAGAUACACACAUUGUUUCAAGCAUUCCCUUAAUUUAGCUGUUUGCAAAUCAUGCGAUUUAAGCGCAAUAAACAUUUCUAUGGGAAUUGUAGGAAGUGUUUCUACAUUUUUAAGUGGUUCUGCAAAACGCGUUAAUAUGUUGAAUGAAAUAAUCGACGAACAAGAAGCAAUCUCAGAAACUAAUAGAAGAAAACUAAAACCACUCUCCCUACAACAAUUAGAAAACGACAAAGACACUGAAACUUCACGAAAUGCAAUGUGCUAUAGUUCUUACAUAAAAAGAAGCGAUUUUCUGGUUUCCCUGUGGGUUAAUGCUUAUUUGUUUGAAUAUUCAGUCACCUUAAGCACUGUCCUUCAAAGUAGGAAUUUGGAUAUUUCAGCAGCUAUGGAGAAUGUUAAAACUCUAAUAAGCACAUUUAAGGACUUACGAUCUAAAUCCGAAGAAAUAUUCAACAAAAUAUUUUAUGACCUCGAAAACUUUUCAGAACGUCUUGGGAUAGAAAUUAAAAUUCCUAGAUUAUGUGGAAAACAAACUCAAAGAAGUAAUGUGGAAACAUCCACUAUGAAUGAAUAUUUUGGUAGGUCUAUAUUUAUUCCAUUUCUGGACCAUUUAAUAGAAGAGCUACAAUCAAGGUUUUGCGAUAGAUUGGCAGAAGUUAUUCCAUUAGAAGGAUUAAUUGCUGCAAAAUUUUCAAAAUAUCAUGUAGACGAAAUUGUUAAAGCAGCUAUGUUCUAUGAAUCCGACAUAAACGUUAGUGAGAAUCAGCUUAGGGCUGAAAUAAUGAUGUGGCAUAGAAGAUGGAAAGACGAAACAACUAUUAUUCGUCCUUGUACAGCAGUGGAAGCAUUAAUGUACUGCACCGAUUUUUUUCCGCUAAUCAGGAUCCUUUUAAUCAUCUUUGCCACACUUCCUGUCACAACUGCAACACCUGAGAGGAGUUUCUCAACAAGCAAACGCCUUAAAACGUAUCUACGUUCAACUAUGUUGCAGGAAAGAUUUAGUGGCUUGGCAUUGUUGAAUGUUCAUAAAGAAAUUGACAUUGAUCAUGACAAAAUCAUUAAUAAAUUUGUGUUGAUGAAGCCAAGGCGUAUGCAGCUAAAAGACUGGUCAGCAACUGACUAA